AUGUCUUGCCGGGAUGAUCAGAUUACCUGGCCGCAGUCGCCUGUUGUGUGUCGAGUUAAUUUUCUGAAUUUGACACAAGAUUCGCUGCGUUGUAAAAGCUUCGGGGUACACCUGGUAAUGACACAGGAUGAAGAAGACCUGUCUAUAUUUCCGGAAGAUGGUGAGUCUGAAUCCGAUGACCUAGAAGACGUUAAUGAGAGGUUUGAUGGAGAUAAUUGUGUUGAUCUAUGUGAAGAUGAGCAAGACUCGGAACAUGACUACUUCAGCUGUGAAGAUAAUGAAGAUGGCUACUUUUACUGA